UAUAAAUAUAUAGGAGUAAUAAACAUUGCACACAAUACUAUGAUACUAUUACUUCUGAUACAUCAAGCAAGGGAAAGCAUAUUUGCAGAGCUAAUUUUAAAUACAAUAUGGUGUUCUCGAUUGGGACUAGAUUCUCUUCGGUCUGAUUUUCAAUAGAGAGAGAGCAGUUGUCAUUGAAAUUUUCUCUUUCUUUAAUUUUUGAUAAUUUUAACUAGCCAAGAUUCCACUGUACUUACAUUUCAUGGAAGACCAAGUCCGAAUGAUCCAGACUGCUCUCUAUAAUUUUCCGCCGGUAGAUAAAAGUGAUUUCUUUGAAAAGACAGUUAAAUGUGAUUUCUUGAAAAAGACAGAACGUGUAAGUCAAGAAACUGAUAUUGAAAGUGAACCAUCUGAAGUGACUGACAUCCUUCUAAGAUGUUGCGAGAAUGAGAAUCAAACUGAAUUGCUUAGCGAGCUAUACAAAGCUGGUUCAACGAGAUUGUUGAAUUCCUCUCCUUUAGCAGAAAUUAGGACACCUAUGAAGAAAAACACUAUGCUGCAUAUUGCAGCUUGGUAUGGCAAUGAUGAAAUUGUGACCAUUGUAAUUGAACGUGCUCCAAAACUUUUGUUCACAUUUAACACAAACAAUGAUAGUGUCUUACAUGUUGCUGCAAGAGGUGGACACAUCUCAACAGUUGAAAAGCUAUUAGCAAGUUAUGCUAAUGCGGAACGUCCUGAUAUAAAAAUGGCAUGGUCAGAAUACACUCAAAAGUUGUAUGAAAUAGGAAAAUAUAAUGAAAAGGUAAUUAUGGGGAAUCUAUUAGAAUUUAUUAAACUGAAGAAUGUUGAAGGAAACACUAUGUUACAUGAGGCAAUGUUGUGUCGUGACAAGAGCAUUGGAAGGGAUAAAAUUUUCAAAAUUUUUAAAAUUUUCAAAACCCAAGAUAGUUCGGAAAAUCCAUUGUCGAUGUAUUGUCAUGAAUAUGCAUUAGAUCUUGUUAACCAUGCAAAGCAAUCAGUACUUUACCUUGCGGUUAAAAAUGGGGACAACGAUGCGGUCAAAUUAAUAUUGGACAAUUGCCCAAAGGAUGAAGCUAAGCCAAAGGGGCUAUCACCCAUUGUAGCAGCAAUCAUGAUGCGGAAUCAAGAAAUGAUGAAGAUCAUAUUAGAAAACAAGCCAACUUGGAUCCAUUCAAGGGACAAACAUACAAGGCUUCCUCUUCAUUAUGCUGCAUUUAUAGGUUACCGUGAAGGUGUUGAUUUAUUACUUGGAAAAUGUAAAUGUUGCACCAUCAAAAGGGACAAAUAUGGUUAUUUUCCAAUUCAUCUAGCAUCUUAUAGAGGACAUGUGGAAGUAGUGAAGAAGUUGUUAGAAAUAGAAUAUUGUCCUUAUCCAACAGAGAUGCUUGACACUCUUCAUGAGCAUAAUAUUUUUCACAUGGCAGCAAAAAAGGGAAACCAUGAGGUUAUACGCUUCCUACUACAAAGUGAUCAAAUUGGUGAACUUGAUAAGAUUUAUAUGAUAAAUCAAAAGGAUAAAGAAGGAAAUACACCUUUACAUCUGGCUGCAAAAUCGUGUCAUCCCAAAACAGUUUUUUACUUAACAUGGGAUGAAAGAGUGGACUAUGGUCUGGUUAACCAAAAAAAGCAAACAGCUUUUGAAGUUGUUAAUGAAAUUUCCCAACUUGAUAGUUCAUCCACUAGACAGCAACUUACACUCACUGCAUUGAAUUCUGCUGGCGCAAAACCAAAUUUUGAAAGAAGACAAAAUGACUCAAGCUCAUCAAAAUCGGAGGAUUCGAAUGAAAGUAAAUGGAAGUGGCGUAAGGUUUACUCGAAAUCAUACGAGAUUAGUCCAAAUGACAGUGAGUUGAAGUGGCAUGAGGUUGACUCAAAAUCAAAUGAGAUUGGCUCAAAUGAAAGUGAGUGGAAGUGGCAUGAGGUUGGCUCGAAAUCAAAUGAGACUGGCUUGAAGUCAAGUAAAAGUGACUCGAAAUCAAAUGAGACUGGCUCCGAGUCAAGUAAAAGUGGCUCGAAGUCGAAUGAAAGUAAAGAAAAUUUCAACAAUACUGCACAAUAUUUUUUUUUGACAGGCUCCGACACCCAAUAUAAAGAUAGGGUACAGACACUCAUAUUGGUUUCAACCCUCAUAAUCACUGCUUCGGUAGCAGCUUGUUUUGCUGUUCCAGGUGAAGCAGAAGGAAAAGCACACAACCUAUAUCAUGCAAUGUUCCAUUUUUUCAUCUUCUUCAUCACAAUAUCAUUGUUCAGUUCCAUUAGUGCUACUAUCAUACUCUUUUGGGCAACACUUGGAUUGACUAAAUUGGUGACUUUCACUCUCAAGAUUGUUAUGCCACUUCUUGGAAUCGCUCUCAUUUCACUAACUUUGGCUUUCAUGGCUGGUCUCUACACUGUUAUCAGUCAACUUAGUUGGUUGGCCAAUCUCUUUUUGGUUAUGGCAGUGAUUUUUGUUGUGCUUGUGAUUUUGUUAUACAUCGUCCUUUUCCUCCCAUCAGCAUCAACUAGAAAGUCCAUGCGAUACAUCUCCUACUACCCUUUUCUUUUUCUAGCAUGGCUCGCAGAAUAAAUUGGUGGGAACUCCACAUUCAAUUAAAUAAAUCCCACUAAUUUUAUGUUCCUCUUGUGACCCAAUAUCAAUAAAUACCUAAUAUUGAGAGUAUUGUAUACAUGUACUUUGUUUCUAUCUAUAUCUAUAAAUUACACUUUGUAAUUAUGAUAAUGAUUAAUAUAUUUAUGCAUAAC